UUCCUGCAAGAAUUUUAUUUAUCCAAGAAAUAUUUACUGAGCCAGCAUCUUCCCCGUGCUGUGCACACCAUUCCUGCCCCCAUCCCUGGGAGAUAGCUGGCUAAUUUAAUAAGGAAUUAACAAUCAGGUGUGACACACACUGUGCUGAGAAACACAUAAAGGACGAAAGGGUAUCACCCAGGCCUGACUACAGACAAGAGUGUUGCAGAGAGAGGAACCUGCCUGUGUUAGAGGGUGGUUGCUGUAAAUAUGUGUGAAAGAAAGACUUUUGUAAGCUGGUGCUAGGUACUAAAUAUGUGUAAGGAAUAAUAGGUUAUUCUUCUCUGAAUGGGACCCCAAUACAUGUUUCAUAAAGACCUUCCUUUGUGUUUUCAAUACCAUAUGGAUGGGUGGCAUGAGUAGGGGAUGGACCACCUCUAUGAGAAGUCCCGUGUUUGUUUCGGAAGCUGAACUUGGGUCAGAAUUCUCAGUAGAUGAAUUCCCGUGUCCCUUCAGAAGCCUCUGACCAGCCUGCAUGCCUGCGAUCCUCCUAGGCCCCACCCAGGCCCCACCCCCUUAGCAGAUCUCUCACCGGGAUCCUAAGUGAUGUGUGUGUUCUUGGGUGCCCUGGCCCUGUUCUUGGUGGGUGCAAACAAGAAAGCCCUGCUUUGUGCACCUGGUAGACACCCAACAAGUAAUCUGUAGUGAGCUCCAAAGUGGCAGCCCCGCUUUGCCCUUUAGCUCUGUGGCUCCAACCAGACUUUAGCAGGCCACAGACUGGGGUUGCAGGCCAGUGCUGUGUCUUGGUCAGAGGCAGGCUGGUUCUUGGUGGGUGCCCAAACCACCUCUUCGUCCCCUCUGUAUUAGUUUUGGAGCAAACCAUCCAGCCACCAUCCUCCAAGAGCCUCCUCUGAGAGCAUGCCAGGCUCUGUUCUAGAAGGCCACUUGGCAGGGUGGGGAUGUGAUGCCUUGUGGAGGGGCUGAUAACUGUGAUGCUAGAAUUUGAGACAUCUGGAAUGGCUGUAUUUGGUUCCCAGGGGUAUCAGGUACCGGCGAUAUUACCCUUCUUGCCCCAGAGACAGACACAUGUACACACAUGUGCACACGCACAUGGAAUACAUGACCUGGUGAAUUUUCCUGUUGGAGGCUUUAGCAUUCCCUUGCUUUGGCACCACUCUCUCUCGUUUGUUCAGAGCCCUGAGGGCUGGGAUUGGGGUGGGAUGAGGAUCACUGCUGUCUGGUCUGAGUGCAGCAAACCUUCCUGGAUCUGCACCCUGGAGUCUGGGGUUUGAACGGCAGCAGGGGACCUCAGAGGGCUCAUGCAGGGCCUCGCUCACAACACAGGAGCGUUCUUGGGGGAACUGACAUGAGGCUUCACAGUGGCCAGGGCAGCUGGGGCCGUAGAAGGACGUGACCUGGACUCUCAUCCCUUCCUGUAGCUUUGGGGCUCACCCACCCUGUCAUUUGUACAUGAGGCAUCUGGGGCUCUGAGAGGGGAAGGGGUUGCCUUGCUCUUGGUUACCGAGCUAGUUUCUGUCAGAGUUUUCAUUAAGGCCAAGUUGUAGGCCUCUCUUGUGUCAGUCUGAAGAAUUUGGUAGAGGGGAAGAAUUGUGGAUUUAAAAGUCAGGUAGACCUGGUUUGAAUCCCAGGACCGCCAUUUCCUGGCCUGCGAUGCGGUCUCUGGCUGUUCUGCUCUCAGAGCUUCAGUGUUCUUCUCUGUGACACAGGGAAGAUAAUGCGGGUCUACCCCAUAGGGCUGUUGAGAGGAUCAAAGAUAAGUACGUGAAAGGCCAGGCAUUAGGAGGCACCUGUGAAUGCACCAACUGUGGCAUUCCUCCCACUCCCUUAGGCUGUGCAGGGGAGAAAGGGAGGGCCUGGCUGGAGCUUGUCACCUUCAGGGGAGUAGAGUCUUGGCUGAGGGGUCUGUCCUUGGCUUCUUAGAACACUAGAGGGCCCAGCUGCAGGCCGAGCCAUUGCUACUCAGCGCCCACCUGGUGGGUAAGGGGGUCAGUGUGGGCCUCUCUCCCUUCCUACUCAGCUGUAUCUGGCAGAUGCCCAAGAGUUGCCUUCCAGAGGCUCCAGACGAGGUUCCCCAUGGGCAGCACUGGUGCCUGAGCAGGAUGCAGGCUGGUAUCUGGAUUUCAGGCAGGAGAACCAUCUCCGCUAUGCCUUGCCUGACAGCUGGGUGUGGAGGGCUGCCUGAACGGACAGCAGCAGACACUCUAAGUGCCCAGCGCCUCGUAGUGUUGUUGGGUCCCAUUUCCUUUGCUUUGUGACCUACAUCAUUCUUUAUUUGCUAAACUCUCUGAGCAGGCAGCAGUAAUAAAUCAAUUAAUGACUCCGAUGAAUCGUUUAAUGGCUGACAAAAUAACACUAAAGCCAACAGCUUGCAUCUCUCCAGCAGUACCAAAGGACGCUGGUUGACUCAGGGUGGGGGACGAAACAGAGACUGUUAGCUAAAUUAGCGCAAUUAGCGCGUGCUUUAAAGGCUUAGACGGCAUCUGCUCAGCACCGAGCCUGCGUGGCAACUGUGCGCUGGGACGGCUGUGCAGACCACGGUGGUCCACUGCUCACUGCCUUCCCUUCUGGCCCGAGGAGCUCAAGGACUCCUGGCUGUUCAUUUACACGGAAGAGGAGGUGUUGGGUUUGAAUUAUGUGCCCCUUCCCUGGCAUUGGGGGACCUGGGUGAACUUGUCAGACUGUGUCCUGUCACAGCAGAGGAGGAGGUGAGGGAAAGUGACUUGGUCCCCACUGAAUUUGAUGCUUACUGAGGAGAGUGUGGGCUCCCAUCCUUGAAAGAUGUUCUGAGGGCCCUGCCUUUAAUGAUGUAUUUUAAACUUAAAAAAAUAAAUAAAGUUUCUAGAAGCGGGUGGUUUUCUGUUCUCUGCACACCUCGGUCCUGGCAGGAUUAAGUUGUCAUUGGAACUGAGCGUGUGCGCGGGUCCACGCCAGGGAAUUUUCCACUUUGCAGAAGCAACUGCCAGUGUUCUUGUUAAGGAGCUGUCACUGGCCUACUAUGACAUGUUUGUGGUUGUAAGUAGCUCCUUUAAGACAGUGGGAAAUGUGUGUGUGCGUGUGUGUGUGUGUUUUGCUAAUGGUGUAAACCAGGGCCUGAAGCUCAUUUCUCUCUAAGAAGAAAAUCAACGUUGUACAAAUACUGAGCUGUUGAUCCACUCCGCAGUGUUCAUCUGGGGGGGACCUCUAGCCCUUAAUCUUCCUUGUCUUGCAUGCACACGCCUGGGACCUGCGCCCUGUGCCAUGUGGCCCAGCUGGGAGGUAUCUGCCUGUGGAGGAGGGUGUGCUGGCUGGGAUCCACUCUCUCACCAGAGUGCAGCAGCUGCCCCGAGCCCCGUGCUUGGCAACAUUCCCCCCAACGAUGGGAUGCCGGGAGGCCCCAUCCCGCCAGGUUUCUUUCAGCCUUUUAUGUCACCGCGAUACGCAGGCGGCCCCAGGCCCCCGAUCAGAAUGGGAAACCAGAUGGCCUUUGGACAGCCCAUUCUGGAGUUCAGAAGGUGGCAGCAGAUGGAGCCAAGGCGCAUCUGGGAUUGCAGGGUUUCGGCUAUUCUAGAGAAGAUGGGGACAAAUUUGGACAAGAGGAAUUAAAGACGCAGCUUUUUGAGCAAAAGAAGGGGUCCCUGGAUACAUCACAGAUGAGGAAACAAAAGCCUCCAGGAGGAGUUCCUGGGACACAGCCAUUGCUGCCCAAUUCCAUGGAUCCCACACGACAACAAGGCCACCCCAACAUGGGAGGAUCAAUGCAGAGAAUGAACCCUCCCCGAGGCAUGGGGCCCAUGGGUCCUGGCCCACAGACUGACCCUUGGUUAUCGUUGCAGAAUUAUGGCAGCGGCAUGAGACCACCACCCAACUCCCUCGGCCCCGCCAUGCCCGGGAUUAACAUGGGCCCGGGAGCUGGCAGACCCUGGCCCAAUCCUAACAGUGCUAACUCAAUUCCAUACUCCUCCUCAUCACCUGGUACCUAUGUGGGACCCCCUGGUGGUGGCGGCCCUCCAGGAACACCCAUUAUGCCCAGUCCCGCAGAUUCAACAAAUUCCAGUGACAACAUCUACACAAUGAUUAAUCCGGUGCCGCCUGGAGGCAGCCGGUCCAACUUCCCGAUGGGUCCCGGCUCGGACGGUCCGAUGGGCGGCAUGGGCGGCAUGGAGCCACACCACAUGAAUGGAUCGUUAGGGUCAGGCGACAUAGACGGACUUCCAAAAAAUUCUCCUAACAACAUAAGUGGCAUUAGCAAUCCUCCAGGCACCCCUCGAGAUGACGGCGAGCUAGGAGGGAACUUCCUCCACUCCUUUCAGAACGACAAUUAUUCUCCAAGCAUGACGAUGAGUGUGUGAUCCCCCCUUCUCCGAGACGCUGAGAGAGCGGGCAUUGCAGGCGGGAAGAUGCCAGAAAUUAUGCAAGAAGUGAGGUGUCAUUAUCCAGGAGCUGGUGGGGAGGGCAUCUCCCUGCUCCCCUCAACCCCCUCCCACCCCAUCCACGCCCCCCACCUUUCCCAAUUUUAGUUUCAUGCAAUAAAAAGGCCGAACUUUUUAUUCCAUAAAACAUGAAGGACAAAACUCAAAAAUGUAUUUCAAGUCAGUGACCAGAAAAAUCGCACCCCUUGCCCUUUCCCCAAAGGACCUUUUCCGUACACGACACUUUUUUGUUUUUUGUUUGGGGUUUUACCGUUGGGAUUUUUUUAUUUGUUUUCAGGGGGGGUUUUUUGGGGAAAAUUUUUUUAAAUGGAAGCUUCUAGCAAGCCCCCCACCCCAAUCAACCUCUAUGCUUUCUUCUUAAAAAAAAAAAAAAAAAAAAAAAAAAAGGAAAACCAGAAGCCCUGCUGUCUGUCUGUCCCCAAGCCCUUCCACCAGAAAAGCUAGUCUAGGUGUGAGAGCCCACAUUGUCUGUAGCCAUCAAAAAUAAUAAUAAUAAACUGGACAGUUUACAAUCGGUGGUUUCUUUCAAAAGGCCUUUUUUGGAAAGAAGAAAAGGCAGUCACCGUUUUCCACUUGGGGUUUUGGUUUGUGCAACAGGCAGGGGAGGAGCGGGAACGCGUUUGUUCUAGCUUGAUUUCUACGGCAACGGCAGCGGCACGCUUGGACCUCAGAACCCAGCACCCUCAUCCUGUGGCCAGAGGGGCCGGACCACCGGCCCCUUUCAGGAUUCCACCACAGCCCAGCCCGUCGCCGUGACCCGGUGGCAUGCACUGUUCCCAGGAUGCCUUCCUCCUCCUCUCCUGGACCUCCCAGCCCCUCCUCCGCCCCCACCCCAGUCUUCCCAGUGAGAAUCCUGCCAGCUGGGUGGUGGCCUGACGCAGAGUAGGAGAGGCUGCCACUGACAGGAUGGCUAUGACCUGGGACAUGGAAACAGUGACCUCCACGUUCUGGUCCCGAGAUCCUCGCAUCAGCGUCAUCAUGUGCACCGGCUGGGGGGCUCGAGUUCCGGUUCUCUUUUUCUCUUUAUUCGUCCUUUCUCAAAGAUGGGAUACUGACCAGAAUUGCUCUGUAUAUGCUUGGGACUGGAUGGAAAGACUUUGGAGCAGCUGUGGGGGGUGGGGGGACACCGACAACCAAACAGACGUGCUGUCUCCGGUCCUGUUUUUAUUUUCAAAAACCAACAAGCCCGACGGUGGAGCCUGUCCCCUCCCGGGAGGGUGCUCAUGGCCCCGCUCACCUCAUCACCCCACAGAAACCUUUGUGUCUUGCCCUGGAAGACACCCGAAUUCUUUGUACAUUGACAUGCCCUUCUCCUUCCUCCCUCCCCUGUAGCUGGUCUUUGUUUUACUCCCUCCCUUUCUGAUCCAUGUAUAUCAUAUUAUGUGAGAUAUCAUCUGCCUGAAAAAAGACUUUGUGCGGAUUAUUGGGAACAUUGUAGCUGUUUCUGUGUUUUUUCUUACCUUGUAGUCUGGUUCUGAAUUAAGAGAGGAAAAAAAAAGUAAUUAUGAUACAUUGUAGUUUGUGUACGAUAUAUGUUGAUAACGUUUUAUUAAAGGGACAUCUUUUUUCCGCA